CGGCAGACGCCGAGCUGCUGCUCUUCGCUUCGCCUCGCUUCGCCUCGCUACUGCUACUCUCUGCCUGCUGCUUUCCAACUCGCCGCCGCGAGUCCCCUCCUCCUCCUCUCGCUCCCGCUCCUUACCUCCAUCGCUGCCUCGUCGAUCCUCGCUCUCCCGGCGAAACCUUUUCACCUACCUGCUGCGCUUCUCUCACACCUAUUCUUCCGUCGAUUUGUAGCUCACAUUUCAGGCCCCUUUUGCCCCUUCCCACCUCCCCCUUCAUCGCUUCUCUUUCCUUCUCAUUCCAGUCUGGUGUGUCAGUUGUUUUGAAGCUCGUCGUUUUACCACGAGUUUAUGUUACUGGUCUACUGAAGAUCGCUCAGGAAGAGUUGAGAAUUUUGGUGUUGUGAGAGCGGUUUCGGGAGUUGGAUUGCGAAUUCUGGUAGUCUGUGUGGAGUGGGAACUGGGGCUGUGCUUAGAGUUUCUGGAAGGUUUACGUUGCGAUGGGUGGUUCUUUAGAAGAUUGAGCUGUUUCGGGCGGUGGAAUUGAUGUCUGGAGCAGUUGGAGAAGACAUCCGUCGUGGUUUUUGGGUGCUUUGAAUUCGGUUCCUUGGACUUUAUUGCGCUUCGAGCGCUUUGACCUGGCCGAGGACGUAAUGAAACGAGCCACAUAAUAGCAUUUGAGAAGGGGUGUAAUUAAAAUCCUCACAACAAAGUGUUGAUCUCGGAAUUUAAUCUAAUUAUGAGCACCACAAACUCGGAGUCCGAGGUCCAGAGAUCAUGCGAGGAAGAGGACAAGACGGAGAACGGAUACUCGCACGAGGAGAAUGGGGACAUGACCAACAAUGGAUUGACUUCAGCAUCCUGGCGUGCCUCAAGCAGAGCUAAAAAAUCUCAACAAUCUCUGCUCACGCUGGCUUUUCCUAUUUCAAGAGUACGCAGGCUUGUGAAGAGUGAGGGCGAUAUUCAGUGGGUGGGUGUGGAGGCUGGCUUUCUCAUUGCCAAAGCCACUGAAAUUUUCUUGGAGAAGCUAGUUGAGGAUGCUUUUGAAAGGAUGCAAGGCAACGGGCAGGCAUCGAUCCUUUAUCCCCAUUUAUCAUCUCAUGUUGCGAGUUCGGAGAGACUGGAAUUUCUUUCAGAUAUAGUGCCUGUGAGGAUUCCAGCUGCAGCUGCUCUUCGAAACGCUUCAAUGACCGACAAGUAGGUCUAUUAACACAUCCUACUCGGGCGCUAAGUGCCUACUUAAGUCAUCACAAACCUUCUCAAGCAGAUGUCAACCAGGUAGUGCACCAGGAUUUUGGGCUUGAUAGUUUAACUUACCGUGAAAGCAUGAAUCACCGUAGAUGCAUGUAAAUUGUGCAACAAAGUCAACUUGGAUUAGUGGUAAUUAGGAUUUCAGAAAGUCUACUCCAGGAUAACCUUAUCUAAAUAUAAUUGUAUAAUGACCAAUUGCAAGGCAUUUUAACAUGUGUUUACUAUCUAUGAUCUUA